AUGAUACGACAACCAAGUAGCGUGAUUAUUGCUGGACCCUCGGGCAGUGGCAAGAGCGACUUGGUGGAACAAUGGUUGCGGUACCUGAACGUGUUUCAAGUGAAACCCAAAACCAUGGUGUAUGCGUAUGACCGAUGGCAACCCAGAUUCGAGCGUAUGCAAAAAGAGGAUGGCAUUCGAUUUCAUCGCGGGUUACCGGACCCUAGUCAUUUGACAAAAUGGUUUGGCCCCACGCGAGGGGGUGUGUUGGUCUUGGAUGAUCUAAUGGAAGAAGGAGGACAGGACAAACGCGUGUUGGACUUGUUUACCAAAGAUUCCCAUCAUCGCAACAUUACCGUGCUGUAUUUGACGCAAGAUUUAUUUCCACCCGGUAAAUUCUCCAAGACAAUUAAUCGCAAUGUGCAUUACAUUGUGACCUUCAAAAACCCACGAGAUCAAACGGGCAUACGGACCAUUUUACUUCAAGCCUUUCCUGACCGUUGGCGUCAAGUCUUGCGACUAUUUAAUCGUGUCACAUCACGCCCUUUUGGUUAUUUGAUGUUGGAUGUUCAUCCUGCCUCGGAUGAUCGUUACCGUUUGUGGAGUCAUUUAACACCCCGAGAAGGUAAAGCGCAAGUCCAUACCUUGCCCUCGGAUGUCCCUACCGUUCGAAAACGCACUGCAACGAGAACGUCAACGUCAACGUCGGCAAAGAGAAGGAGGACAACACACUGAAUUAUCAACCCGCAUGAAUACCUCGACCCUAUCUCCGACAGACGUGGAUUUACCGUCAGCACUACCACCGCCUUGCAAAAGCGUAAAAAAGAAAAUAGUCCUUUCACCUAAUGUGAGGUUCGACAAAGAGCUAGCAAUCCACCGAGCCUUGAGACUAUAAAAACGAGACACGUCGUGAAAAAGGUUCAUCAGAUGUUGUACAAGCCAUCAUGCCACCCAAACGAAGACGACAACGACGAAAGCAACGAGGAGGUAUUCUCCCGUUCCUCAUUCCCGCUGCCAUCGCUCUCGGCAAAGCGGCAGCGCGAGGAGCCGUUAGUGGCGGCGCCAGCUACGGUGCCAAAAAAGCUAUCGACGCGGCCACGCGCAAGAAAAAAGUGGGCAAAAUCAGUGCAGCACAAAUGGCAGCCAAUAAACGACACGUUCAGCGGAUGUUAAGUCGAACGGGUUGGCAAGGGUUAGCUUCACUACGAAUGCUAAAGUAAAAAACUAUAAAAGAGACAUUGUUAGCUCCCCAGAAAACGAUGCUGGUAUCAUGGAUUGCAACGUGGAAGAGUGCUACACAUGUUGGCGAUGGCUCUCUCGCCUUGCGAGGUCAAGAAACACACACGGGUGUGUAAAGGUUAGAAGUGAAGCAGUGCUCAGAAGAAGAAAAAAAGGUUCUAACGAUUAUUUUUUACAGUGCGACAAAAAAUUUUGAAGACAGGUUGUGUCAACAGUGUCGCGACCACAUGCAACAAUAUUAUCAUGGCGAACUGUGUGGAGCACUUUUUACCAUAAAUAGACCUUUGGUAGAUGACCCAAAGCAACAAUCACACGAUGGAUUGGCGCAUGGAACGUCAAGCUCCGUUUCUGAAGAGUGUGUUGCGAGAAGCGGACAAUCAUAAACGACAAGAACUGUUACGGAUGGCCAAUGCGGAUCAGAUUAAUGCCAUCAGUGAAUUGGUCAUGAACACGAUCCGCGGAACCGUGCCCCGUUCUCGACACACCAUCACUUUGCUGAAACCCCAUGCUCAGAGUUUAAGAGCCAUGGCCAAACCGGCUCAUUCGGUCAAACGUCGACGUGCUAUCAUGAUGUCUCAAAAGGGAGGGACUCUCUGGUCCGAACUCUACCGAUGCUAUAAACGUACCAUGCGUUAGACAUUGUACCUCAUUUACACCAUGGAGCAAGAGAUGGUGA